CCAUCAGCCAUUGCCUGCAAGCCUCUAAAGCUUGUCUUUGCCUAAUAUGGAGCCCAAAGAAGCCACUGGGAAAGAAAACAUGGUCACCAAGAAAAAGAAUCUGGCCUUCUUGAGGUCCAGACUCUAUAUGCUGGAGAGAAGGAAGACUGACACUGUGGUUGAGAGCAGUGUUUCUGGGGACCACUCUGGCACCUUGAGGAGGAGCCAAUCUGAUAGGACCGAAUACAACCAGAAAUUACAAGAAAAGAUGACUCCACAGGGUGAGUGUUCUGUAGCUGAGACCUUAACCCCAGAGGAAGAGCACCAAAUGAAGAGGAUGAUGGCAAAGCGGGAAAAGAUCAUUAAGGAGCUGAUACAGACAGAAAAGGAUUAUCUCAAUGAUCUAGAGCUGUGUGUUAGGGAAGUGGUUCAGCCCCUGAGAAAUAAAAAGAUUGAUAGGCUGGAUGUGGAUAGCUUGUUUAGCAACAUUGAGUCGGUGCAUCAGAUAUCAGCCAAGCUGCUGUCAUUGUUGGAAGAGGCCACAACAGACGUGGAACCGGCCAUGCAAGUAAUUGGAGAAGUAUUCUUGCAGAUUAAAGGGCCACUGGAAGAUAUUUAUAAAAUCUACUGCUAUCACCAUGAUGAAGCACAUAGUAUACUGGAGUCCUAUGAAAAGGAAGAAGAGCUGAAGGAACAUUUGAGCCACUGUAUCCAGUCCUUAAAGAAAAUAUACAUGCAAGAAGGCAAACCAAACUUAUUGGACAUGGGCUCUUUGAUGAUCAAACCAAUUCAACGUGUGAUGAAAUACCCGCUAUUACUGUGCGAACUUCGGAAUUCCACCCCUCCCUCUCACCCAGAUUACAGAGCACUGGACGAUGCCUUUGCUGCUGUGAAGGACAUUAAUGUUAACAUCAAUGAACUUAAAAGAAGGAAAGAUUUAGUUCUAAAAUACAAGAAGAAUGAUGAGGAUGAAUCACUUAAAGACAAAUUGUCUAAACUAAAUAUUCAUUCAAUUAGCAAGAAAUCAAAAAGAGUGACAAAUCAUCUGAAGAUUCUGACCAGAGGAGAAUCACAGGUUAAAGACAAUACCUUUAACAGAGAAGAAAAGCUGUUUAGAGUUUUAGAAAAGACUGUGAGGCUUUGUGUGAAGAACAUUUCACUCUGUCUUCAACACAUACAGGAUGCCAUGCCCCUGGCUCUGCAGAGUGUAAUGAACCUUCAGGAGAUUUCAUACAACAAAGACGAUGAGAUGGGCUAUUCUGAGACCCUAAGUAAUGCCUUAAAUUCGUGUCAGGACUUUGCAUCUCACUUACAGAGACUCAUCCUGACCCCCUUGUCAGCCCUGCUGUCCUUAUUCCCAGGGCCUCACAAGCUCAUCCAGAAACGCUAUGACAAACUUCUGGAUUGCAACAGCUACCUGCAACGAUCAGCAGGAGAGGAGUCAGACUUGGCCAAAAAGGAGUAUGAGGCCCUCAAUGCCCAGCUUGUGGAGGAGCUCCAGACAUUCAACCAGGCUGCUCGGAAGAUUCUGUUGAACUGUCUGUGCAGCUUCAUUACCCUCCUUAGGGACCUGAUGCUCGUGGCACAGCAGGCUUACUCCACACUUGUGCCGGUGCCACUGUUGGUUUCAAGCAUUUCUGAGAUUCAGAAUCAAGUACUAGAAGAGAUCCAAAAUUUGAACUGUGUGAAAGAAAACAGUGCCACCUUUAUUGAGAGGAAACUCAGUUUUGAAAAGAAGAAACCUGUGCAGAUUCUGCCAGAAAUGCCACAUCAAACUGACAUUCAUCGCUCCAAACUUCUAUCCACAUAUAGUGCAGAGGAACUCUAUCAAGCUAAGCGCAAGUGCAAUGCUACACAAGAAUAUGACAUCAAUCUUCUGGAAGGAGAGUUGGUGGCUGUGAUAGAACAGAAAGAUCCACUGGGGAGUACAAGCAGGUGGCUUGUGGACACAGGAAAUGUGAAAGGAUAUGUUUAUUCCUCCUUCCUAAAACCCUACAAUCCAGCAAAAAUGCAGAAAGUAGAUGCUGAGAACAGGUUCUGUGACGAUGAUUUUGAGAACAUCAGCCUCUUCGUGUCUUCACGGCCAGCUAGUGACAGUGUCACAGGAACCUCAGAGAGCAGCAUUGGUGAUAGCAGCUCAUCUCUUAGUGGCACAUGUGGAAAGUUUGAAACAAAUGGUACUGAUGUUGACAGUUUUCAAGAAGUAGAUGAACAGAUUUUCUAUGCAGUUCAUGCUUUUCAAGCACGGAGUGACCAUGAACUCAGCCUUCAGGAAUACCAGAGAGUUCAUAUACUCAGGUUUUGUGACCUAAGUGGCAAUAAAGAGUGGUGGUUAGCCGAAGCUCAAGGGCAGAAAGGAUACGUGCCAGCUAACUACCUUGGAAAGAUGACUUAUGCUUAAGAAAAUAAGCCUUCAAUUUUUAUUUUCCAGCAAGUUGUUGAUUGACUACCUCAUAAAACUGACAUUACAAAACUUUGGACCAGAAAGCAAGAAACCUUCGAACUACAGAAACUGAUACUGUAUUGGGUUUUCAGGAAUACUGUACUUCCUAACAGGAUUUUUGCAUGAAUGUAUUAUAAAGGAUACAUGUUGAAAGAAAUACUAAGCCAACAGAAAUAGCAAAGCAAAUGACUCAAGCUUCAACUAUCAGCUACUUAAAAGUGAAGAUCUUUUGAAAGAGUAAUUAUAUUCUUUUAUCAUCAAGAAAGGUUAGA